AAGAAUGAUUUCUAUUGAAGAUCAAAAAAACCUGUCAACUGUUUUACCACCGCCACCAAUAUCACCAUUGCAGCAUAUAUUAGCUGUAUCAUAUCUGAGAGAAUUAAACAUAGUAUAUAUUCUAAUAAGACCUUAUGAAGUCUGGCUUUAUUCAACAAAGAGUGAUCCUGCCACUCGCACACAUGUUUGGAAUUUACAUACAAUGCAGUUAAUGUUCCGACAACAACAGAAGAAAGAAGAGGAGCAGGAGGAUGAUUCUACAGCGCCACCAAUAAGUCGUCCACCAUCAAGUAAAAAAGGUGGUCUAUUUGGACAUGGAAACAGCCAUAAUCACCGUGCAACUGCUACAGGUGGUAUGGGAAUAGAACCUAUAGUAGAAUGUUGUUCAUUAUGCUCAAUUAACUGUCCUGCUAUGUAUUGGACUGAGGAAGGAUUUGUGUGUGCCGAUAAAACCAUGUUUGUACUAUUAGGAAUGCAGGAUGGUCGUGUGUUAUUCAUGGACCCAAAUGUGUUUGGUAUGAGACACUUUGUCCUACAAGCCAAUAAAGAUGGGAUUUUAGAUAUUCGUUACAACGUUGCUGACAGUAUGUUAAUUACUCGAUGUCACCCAAGAGAUGAUGUACUAUUCCAGUGUUGGCGACUGCCUAGUCUAGAGUUACUAUAUGAAGUCAGUGUUGCUACAACUAUAACAGACUUUACUAUAAUACUACAUGAACUGAAGAGGGUAGACCCACUAACGUAUAGUAAAACAUCCCACACUUCAAACAUAUCUGAUGAAAUCUCUGAUGUAAGUAGCGAUCAAGGUAGCGUUAUGUUUGAUGAAACUGGUAGCGUUGGCGGCAAGAAAAGAGAACAUGCAACAGCUGUUAGUAAAGUGGAUGCUUGUCAUUAUCUUGAAAUAUUCGUUACAUGCAGUUCUGAUGGUAUGAUUAAAGUGUGGGAUUUAACAAAGACAUUACAAGCUGAGAUACAAGUAGAUGACACACUCAGCACUGUGGGAUUCCUCAAUAAGAAAGCAGAUUUAUUAAUUGGAUUCAGGAAUCACAUCUUUUUUAUUCACCAUUCAAAAGUCUGUCCUAGUCUAAGACAGAAGAUUAACCAACUUCCUGAAGAUGCAUUUGAAACAGAAUCAGAUAUUUAUGAAGAUCCAGCUGUACGAUAUGAAGGAGCUGCAGCCAAUCCUGAUCCUAUUGAUAUGCAAAACUAUUUGGUUCCAUUUGAGCUGGAUUUUACAAGUGACUUCCUGGAAAAGUUGACUGCUUUGUCAACACACAGAUUGAAGAGGAGAGUGAAAGGUAGCAGAGUAGCAUUUCAAAGUCCAGACGCCGGUCUUCAUUUUGAGAUGCCAAUCUUUGGUAGAUCACCAGGUCCAAGUCCAACACCAACUCCACCAAGUACUCCAAGUGACUUUUCACUCUCAGAGAGAGAGUCUGAGUCAGAAGAGUAUGAUGAUGAAAAAGAAAAAGACGAGAAUGACGUUGAAAAAGAAUCAAUAAGUGAAACUGUCUUCAAACCAAUCGAUGUUGUAACACAAACCACACCUGCAAAAACUGUGAAAACACCAGAAGCAAAAGUACCAAAAAAGGAGAAGAAAGAAGAAUCCAGGUUUGCCUUGUCUAAAUACAAAGUGGAUAUUAAGGGUUUGAUGAAAGCAGAUGCUAAAAAAGCAUCUACAAAGUCUUCUACAAAACCAUCCAGCUCUUCGCAGGUUAACGAUAAGAAGGAUCAGACAGGUCAAGUUGACAAGAAAGUAUCGUUGACACAGCCAUCGCAAGUUACCACAUCCACAACAACACUCAUGUUACAAUCAAAUGCUGAGCCAAUGAGAAAUGGUGCUAAACCCGGAAAAGUAAUAAAGUCUACUAUGAAGACGGCAUUUGAUGAUUUUCCCAUUAAUAAACCAACUGUGUCUGUAUCGCCCACAGCGAAUAUUGAAAAUGCUCAGACUGGGGUUGAAAUCAAAGAAAGUGAAGUCACCAAUCUCAAAGAAACCCAAAGUGACAGUGGAAUAAGAUUUGUAUCAGAUUCAGUCAUGAACAUAGGGUCAGGCACCGCACCAAUGUACAAGCCUGCCACUAGGAUGGCAAUAGCUAGAAAAUAUAGCUCUAAACAAAUGCAUGAAGACAGCACAGGUGCAGAUUUAAAUGAAAAUGACGAGGAACCGGAACUGAUGAGGCUGCGUGAAAGACCACAGUCCAAGGGAGGACUAGUUCAUACUUCAGGUACCAGACAAUUACCUCGUGAGGGCUCAGUUAAACGGACAAGUGACAGCAUCUCCACGAAUCUUAGAGUGAGAUCUUCAUUUAAAUCUGAUAGUGCCAUUCAUAGACAAGGCAGUCAAGAUACAAAUGAUGCUAUCUAUAUCCCAACGGCCCCCAUGGAUGAGGAGGAAAAGUCGGCACUGUGCUCAGAAGAUGUUCAAAAGAUGAAUAUAGGUGAGAGACUACAUGCAGGGAGACGCCCACACACUGCACAUGUUACUUUCAAAGAUAAACCUGAGGAUUUGGAAGAUAUUUCCAGAAAAUAUAGGAGUUGUCCAACACAUCAGAUAUUAAAAGCUCAGAGAGAGAAACGAGUACAGAGUGCAAUGGACAACAGAAGAUUAUUAGAUCUGAGACAAAGAGAGCGUAGAAGAGCUUUAUUGGGCCAUCAUGAUUGUGCUGAAUUUGGCUCCAGUACUGGUGCCAUCUCUGAUAAAGGUUUAGUUACCAGGUCAGAUACAUCAUUACACACGAUGAAAAGAGUUCAAAGUGCCAGAUCAUUCCGAUCUAUAAAAACAUCCUCCUCAGUAAACCAACAAAGACCAAAGUCAGCAUUUGGAAAGUUCAAAGAACAGGAGGAUCUAGCAUCAGAAAAACCAUUCAGAGUUCGAAUGGGUAAGCAGUCAGUCAAAACUAAAGUCAAUCCAUCUGAAGUAUUUGAGAAUACAGGCAAUAAGAAACCAUUGUUAAUCAAAAGACAACUCAGUAAAUCUAUUCCGGGAAAAUGCAGACGCUAUGUAUUGAUAUCACAUACUGCUGGCUUACCGUUAUAUCCUAAACCAACCACAUUAGAAGGACAUUUAUUACCAGGAAGAUUUCCUAAUGAUAUGAAAAGAUGGCAAGAGUUUGAAGAAGUUGUAAAAAAACAUAAUGGUGGCCCUGAUUCAACGGUGAUGUUUAGUGGUGUAGAUGAUUUCAUGAACUCUUCAUGGAAAUAGAACUUGUACAGGAUACAAGUAUAUGUAUGGUGUACAGUGCCCUCUAGAUAUAAAAUA